AAAUCACUUCACACAACACAGAACACUUUCGCUCACAAACUACUUUCAUUCUAACUUUUUCCUUAUUUACAACUCAACCAAUUAAACCAAAAGAAAAAAAAUUAUCAGUUUACCCACAAGAAAUUAAGAAUCAUGCUAAAGAUGGAAACUUUUGGUGGCAUUUCGGUUGCUGCACCUACUUCCUCCGCCGUGGAAAAAACCACCACUCCUGCCAACUCUGCUUCUCCCACUUCUUCACCUCCGCCGCCUCUUUCGCCGGAGCAGCCACAACAACAGACGGUAGUGCUAAGCCCUUGUGCGGCUUGCAAGAUUUUGCGGCGCCGGUGCGCCGAGAAAUGCGUAUUGGCCCCGUAUUUUCCUCCGACGGAUCCAGCGAAGUUCAUAAUCGCCCACCGUGUCUUCGGAGCUAGCAACAUUAUUAAGUUCUUGCAGGAACUUCCGGAAUCUCAAAGAACAGAUACGGUUAAUAGCAUGGUUUAUGAAGCAGGAGCUAGGAUGAGAGAUCCGGUUUACGGCUGUGCGGGAGCGAUUUACCAUUUGCAGAGACAAGUGUGUGAGCUUCAAGCACAACUUGCGAAAACUCAAGUAGACCUAGUGAGCAUGCAACUCCAAAGAUCAGAUCUACUCGAACUAUUACAUAAAACGGAGCAAGCAAAUUUAUCAGAGCAACAGGAAGGACAACAAAAUAUGUCCUUUGAGAGUUCAUUUGAAAGUGGUGACGAGUUCAUUAGUAGCCACGACGAAGUGACCAAUGAUUUGGGAUUCCUCGAUGACAACAACAACAAUAAUAAUUCAUCCAUGUUGUGGUCGGAUCCUCUUUGGACAUGAUCAUAACUUAUUGUAUUAUUAGCUCACUUUAAUGCGCUUUAGUGGUUACUACCAUAUGCAUACAAUAGACCUAUGCCGUCUUUUCUUUCUCUAAAUUUGUCUAAGUCAGCCAAUCAUAUAUAAGCACGUUACUGAACUGCUUCAAACUUGUCAAAAUUGUUACGUGUUAGUUAUGUAGGGAUAUCA